CCUGGUUACUGCCUGUUCCUUGGCCCUUUCUUAAGCAGGCUGGCCUGGAUUCCUGUGAGCAUUUCCUGCCUGAGUAUUUUGCUCCUCUUUGCAGGCCUUCCCAAUGUGGGGAAGAGCAGUCUGAUCAAUAGCCUGAAGCGCAGCCGUGCCUGUAGUGUGGGAGCUGUUCCUGGUGUCACAAAAUUCAUGCAGGAGGUCUUCUUAGACAAGUUCAUCAGACUGCUGGAUGCUCCAGGUAUUGUUCCAGGACCCAAUUCAGAGGUGGGCACCAUCCUGCGUAAUUGCGUCCAUGUGCAGAAGCUGGCAGACCCUGUGACUCCGGUGGAGACCAUUCUUCAGCGCUGCAACCUAGAGGAGAUUUCCAACUAUUACGGUGUUUCUGGAUUCCAGACUACUGAGCACUUUUUGACUGCAGUGGCCCAGCGCUUGGGAAAGAAGAAGAAGGGAGGUGUAUAUAGUCGAGAGCAGGCUGCCAAAGCUGUCCUGGCUGACUGGGUGAGUGGGAAGAUCAGCUUCUAUAUACCACCACCACCUACUCACACUCUGCCCACCCAUCUCAGUGCUGAGAUUGUUAAGGAGAUGACUGAGGUCUUUGAUAUUGAAGAUACUGAGCAGGCCAACGAAGACACCAUGGAAUGCUUGGCCGUGGGAGAAUCCGAUGAGCUGUUGGGUGACAUGGACCCACAAGAAAUGGAUGCUAAGUGGCUGCAUUCUCCGCUGGUGAAAAUAGCAGAUGCCAUUGAAAAUAAAACCACCGUAUAUAAGAUUGGAAACCUUACUGGGUAUUGUACCAAUCCAAACCGUCAACAGAUGGGGUGGGCUAAACGCAAUGUGGACCACCAUUGCCCCCAAAACAAUCGUAUAGUGGAUGUCAGUUCAGUGGACCGCCGCCCGAUGUUGCAGAGGAUCCUGGAGACAGACCCACUUCAACAAGGCCAGGCUUUGGCAUCUGCCUUGAAGAAUAAGAAAAAAUUGCAAAAGCGUUCAGAUAAACUCGCCAAUAAGUUGUCUGAUUCCAUGAUGUCUAUCCUCGACCUCUCUGGCAACUGCGAUGACACUGCUGGUGACUGAUCAGCUGAUCUUCCCCUCAUACUGCAAGCACUGAUUCCUAUGGGAUGGGGGAAUACAGAUGGCAUUCAGUUAUCCCUGAUGAACCUAUAUAUAGAAGAACACCUCCCAUACCAUUGCUCUCCAUUGUCAUCAGUUCAGAGUCUCAAAAGUCUGGAGCUACCAAACCCCAGUGCCCUCCACUUAAUUCUUACUCCCUUUGAAAAUGAUUUUUUGUUUGUUUUUGUGGUGCCAAGGAUUGAACCUAAUAGGUCCUUACACAUGUUAGACAAACAUUCUAUUACUAAGCUGUAUUAUUAUUACAAUCAUUACCAUCAUCCACUAUUAUCAUUGGAGAAAGAUUCUUGCUAAGGAUCCCAUUCUGCUUAUUCGGCAUCCCAAGUAGUGGGAUUACAGGCUUUUGCCACCACUCCCAGCUCCCACUGUGUUUUAUAAGAUAAAAUCAGCAGUCUUGGCAUGGUAGCUACAUACCUGUAAUACUGACACUUGGAGACUGGAGCUAGGACGAUUGCAGUUUGUAGGACAGCCUGAACUAUCUGGCAAGACCCUUUCUCAACAAAAACAAACAACCAAAAACAAAUGAGUAGAGCUGGGGCAGUGGUGGUGCAUGCCUUUAAUCCAAGCACUUAGGAGACAGAGAUAGGCAAAUCUCUGAGUUCUAGGGUGCCUGGUUCUGAAAAACCAAUAAGUAAAUAAAUAAAAUUGUAAUUAUUAAAAAUACAAAUAAGCCAAGUCCAAGUGCUAGCAAUGUACCCUGUACUCUUAAUUCCUGUGUCCCACCCUGUGGGUUAGGCUGAUACGGGUUGACCUCUUGGACAGGUGAAUGUUCUAAAUGAUGGACUGCUGAGAAACCUGGUGACAGUCAGUGGUGGUGGGGUUGUCUCUGGACAGGUGAUUCUUUUUGUUUCUGUCACACCACAAGACCUCAGCGCCUGGGUAUUCCUAAGGCUCUUGGCUCCGUGUUUUCCAAUUCAGUAGGUAGGCCUUUAACUGGGUAACAUAGGGGUAGAGAAGCACAGUGGUGAGUCUUGUAUAUCCCUGGAAGUGUCUGGGGAUAGGGACAAGGACUGAUGAUUCUAGAAUAGCAUAUAUGUAUCAUAGGAAGUUUGAAAGCCAUUGGCUGCAGGAUGUUCAGGGAAUGUGUACCGUACUGUUAUUUUCUAGACAGAGUUAGGUACUGGUUGAUCAUGAACUACAAAACUUGGAGAAUCAAUUUAGAUCCUUUAGCCUUCAAUAUAUCCAUCCCUACCUGGAAGGGGUAGGGUUCAGAAAGCUGACAGUGUGCUCACAACAACGUUUAAUGGCAUUGUGCUAGCUUUAAAACGAGUGCAAUUAAAUAAUAUGCUAGCCUUUUGUUCUGUAACGUAUUUCUUCUCAACACAAAGCACUGGUCAGGCAUCUACUUUGUAGUGUUUUCUGUUGUCAGUCCUUCUAAAUGGAUUUUUAAAAGCUGGUAGUAUUUUAUGAAAACUAUGCUUUUCAAGUCUCUUAAAUGAUGUUCAACUUAAUUCUCUGAUGCCAUUGAAUUUUUGGUAGAUAAUAAUGUAUUAGAAAUAUAAGCAUCUAGACCCUUGGGAAUAUAAUCUAGCCAAAAUAAAAGAGAACUAAAAUAAUCAUGUUAGGAUAAGAAUUUCAGACUCUAACCAGGUGAGUGGUUCACACCAAUAAUCACAGCACUCAGGAUGCUGAGGCAGGAAGAUGGCUGUGAAUCUGAGUCCAGCCUAGACUGCAAAGUAAGAGUCUGUCUCAAAGCAAAACAAUAAUAGUACUCUAACUCUAAUGUAUCAUAAGGCUACAUGUAACCCAGCGUGGUCUUGAACUCCCGAGCCUUCUGAUUAGUUUCCCAGGUACUGGGAUUACAGAAGUUUGCCAUCAUGUCUGGUUGGGUCUGAAUUCUUAAAGUGAUUUCUUGCAUCUUUAUUCUCCUUUGAAAAAAUAAUUUUUCUAUAAUAAAUUUCAUCCUUUAUAAUUUUAACUUCUGUAAGUUAGGACACUUGUUAACAGGGGUGGGCUACAACCAUUAUCAAGAUAUAGAAUUUUUAGCCAGGUAGAGGUGGUGCACACCUUUAUUCCCAGCACUCAGGCAGAGACAGGCAGUUUGAGGCCCGCUUGGUCCUGGACAGCCAAGACACAGAGAAACCCUGUCUUGAAAAACAAGCACAACAACAACAACAACAGAAAAAAAGUAUACAGAUUUUUUUUGGUAUUCUCCCCAAACUUAACAUAUCUCCUUGUAAUAUAGCUCUGCCCCCAUCCUCAGAUCCUAGCAAGCAUUGAUCUUUUUCCUGUUCCUUAGUAUGAACAUUAUAAGUCACACAGGAGCUUAUUUUAUGCCAUUAGGCUUUUAGCUUUGUACUUUGAAACUUUACAUUUGAGUAAAAUACAGUUGCAUAAGCCAUGAUGAAUGGCUAAAGAUGAGUAACCAUGAACACAAGAACAGAAGGAUUCUAUUAGCCUCUCCCAUCAUCUCCUGUUGUGAUAUCAAAUCUUGUUCUCUGGACCUAACCCAUGGCAAUCACUGACAUGUGCUUUCACUUUCUGCCUCGUCUCGUAAAGAGUUGUAAGUGGAAUUGAACAGUAUGUAACUUUUGAGAAUAACUUGCUGUGAAUUAUAGAUUUGAGAUCUGUAUCACUAGGUGUAUCAAUAGUUCUGAUUUCUAUUUCAUACUCCAUUGUGUGGAUGUACUACUGCUUAUUUAAUCCCAAGUUGGAAGACAUUCUUUACAGUUGAGGAAGUUAUGAAUAAAGCUGCUAUAAGAA